AUGUCCUCAAACAAAGCAUCCAGGAUAGGGGAAGAAACCAGGAUAGACAAGGUCAACACUGAGCUCGUCACCCUCACAUACGGCACAAUUGUAGUCCAGCUGUGCAAAGACUACGAUAAUGACUACGAGGAGGUCAACAAGCAACUGGACAAGAUGGGCUACAACAUUGGCUUACGUCUGAUCGAGGACUAUCUAGCCAAGUCAAACACCAUGAAACGAUGCACAAGUUUUCGGGAGACAGCGGAUAUGAUCGCAAAGGCACGGUCAUAUUUCGUCGAGCUUCCGGAUGAUGGCCGUGCACAGGAUGAGCUAUGGUACUCGAACAUUCUCUGCGGCGUCCUCAGAGGCGCAUUGGAGAUGGUUCAAAUGCAGGUCGAGGCGCAUUUCAUCAGCGACGUACUGAGAGGGAACGACACCACUGAGAUGCGGGUGUCACUAGUGAGAUACAUUGACGAUGAGCUACCGCCGGAAGACGAUUAG